AUGCGACCGUGGAUGGCAAAGGGAACUGCCCAGUUUGAGCAUAACCUGGUUACGAGCGAUGGCGUGGAGGUAUUGACAGCGCGAAGUGGAAGCUCACCUGGUGGCCCCAUACCAAUGCCUCCACCCGGCGAAUUAAAAAGUCAAGACAGGCGGGAAUGUCAAACAUAUGCGCUAAAUAAAGUCCUCAUUCUUCAAGUCUGUGACAUCUUCAAACGCAUGCUCGCCAACAUUCUCCUCCGUUUGAUGGAGAGCCUCGCUCGGGUCGUCCUUUCUGCUGUGACCCAUCAUACUUCGAUCAGUGAUGUGCUCGGAUUUAUUCAAUGCGACUCUCCGCUUUGCUUGUCGCAUAUUGAGAAUGCGAAUGAGAACGCGGCUUCUCACUGGGCUUGA